AUGUACGGAGCAGGACAGCAGGCUGUUCCACGCAAGGCUGUUCCACGCAAGGCUGUUCCACCCAAGGCUGUUCCACCCAAGGCUGUUCCACCCAAGGCUGUUCCACCCAAGGCUGUUCCACCCAAGGCUGUUCCACCCAAGGCUGUUCCACCCAAGGCUGUUCCACCCAAGGCUGUUCCACCCAAGGCUGUUCCACCCAAGGCUGUUCCACCCAAGGCUGUUCCACCCAAGGCUGUUCCACCCAAGGCUGUUCCACCCAAGGCUGUUCCACCCAAGGCUGUUCCACCCAAGGCUGUUCCACCCAAGGCUGUUCCACCCAAGGCUGUUCCACCCAAGGCUGUUCCACCCAAGGCUGUUCCACCCAAGGCUGUUCCACCCAAGGCUGUUCCACCCAAGGCUGUUCCACCCAAGGCUGUUCCACCCAAGGCUGUUCCACCCAAGGCUGUUCCACCCAAGGCUGUUCCACCCAAGGCUGUUCCACCCAAGGCUGUUCCACCCAAGGCUGUUCCACCCAAGGCUGUUCCACCCAAGGCUGUUCCACCCAAGGCUGUUCCACCCAAGGCUGUUCCACCCAAGGCUGUUCCACCCAAGGCUGUUCCACCCAAGGCUGUUCCACCCAAGGCUGUUCCACCCAAGGCUGUUCCACCCAAGGCUGUUCCACCCAAGGCUGUUCCACCCAAGGCUGUUCCACCCAAGGCUGUUCCACCCAAGGCUGUUCCACCCAAGGCUGUUCCACCCAAGGCUGUUCCACCCAAGGCUGUUCCACCCAAGGCUGUUCCACCCAAGGCUGUUCCACCCAAGGCUGUUCCACCCAAGGCUGUUCCACCCAAGGCUGUUCCACCCAAGGCUGUUCCACCCAAGGCUGUUCCACCCAAGGCUGUUCCACCCAAGGCUGUUCCACCCAAGGCUGUUCCACCCAAGGCUGUUCCACCCAAGGCUGUUCCACCCAAGGCUGUUCCACACAAGGCUGUUCCACACAAGGCUGUUCCACACAAGGCUGUUCCACACAAGGCUGUUCCACACAAGGCUGUUCCACACAAGGCUGUUCCACACAAGGCUGUUCCACACAAGGCUGUUCCACACAAGGCUGUUCCACACAAGGCUGUUCCACACAAGGCUGUUCCACACAAGGCUGUUCCACACAAGGCUGUUCCACACAAGGCUGUUCCACACAAGGCUGUUCCACACAAGGCUGUUCCACACAAGGCUGUUCCACACAAGGCUGUUCCACACAAGGCUGUUCCACACAAGGCUGUUCCACACAAGGCUGUUCCACACAAGGCUGUUCCACACAAGGCUGUUCCACACAAGGCUGUUCCACACAAGGCUGUUCCACACAAGGCUGUUCCACACAAGGCUGUUCCACACAAGGCUGUUCCACACAAGGCUGUUCCACACAAGGCUGUUCCACACAAGGCUGUUCCACACAAGGCUGUUCCACACAAGGCUGUUCCACACAAGGCUGUUCCACACAAGGCUGUUCCACACAAGGCUGUUCCACACAAGGCUGUUCCACACAAGGCUGUUCCACACAAGGCUGUUCCACACAAGGCUGUUCCACACAAGGCUGUUCCACACAAGGCUGUUCCACACAAGGCUGUUCCACACAAGGCUGUUCCACACAAGGCUGUUCCACACAAGGCUGUUCCACACAAGGCUGUUCCACACAAGGCUGUUCCACACAAGGCUGUUCCACACAAGGCUGUUCCACACAAGGCUGUUCCACACAAGGCUGUUCCACACAAGGCUGUUCCACACAAGGCUGUUCCACACAAGGCUGUUCCACACAAGGCUGUUCCACACAAGGCUGUUCCACACAAGGCUGUUCCACACAAGGCUGUUCCACACAAGGCUGUUCCACACAAGGCUGUUCCACACAAGGCUGUUCCACACAAGGCUGUUCCACACAAGGCUGUUCCACACAAGGCUGUUCCACACAAGGCUGUUCCACACAAGGCUGUUCCACACAAGGCUGUUCCACACAAGGCUGUUCCACACAAGGCUGUUCCACACAAGGCUGUUCCACACAAGGCUGUUCCACACAAGGCUGUUCCACACAAGGCUGUUCCACACAAGGCUGUUCCACACAAGGCUGUUCCACACAAGGCUGUUCCACACAAGGCUGUUCCACACAAGGCUGUUCCACACAAGGCUGUUCCACACAAGGCUGUUCCACACAAGGCUGUUCCACACAAGGCUGUUCCACACAAGGCUGUUCCACACAAGGCUGUUCCACACAAGGCUGUUCCACACAAGGCUGUUCCACACAAGGCUGUUCCACACAAGGCUGUUCCACACAAGGCUGUUCCACACAAGGCUGUUCCACACAAGGCUGUUCCACACAAGGCUGUUCCACACAAGGCUGUUCCACACAAGGCUGUUCCACACAAGGCUGUUCCACACAAGGCUGUUCCACACAAGGCUGUUCCACACAAGGCUGUUCCACACAAGGCUGUUCCACACAAGGCUGUUCCACACAAGGCUGUUCCACACAAGGCUGUUCCACACAAGGCUGUUCCACACAAGGCUGUUCCACACAAGGCUGUUCCACACAAGGCUGUUCCACACAAGGCUGUUCCACACAAGGCUGUUCCACACAAGGCUGUUCCACACAAGGCUGUUCCACACAAGGCUGUUCCACACAAGGCUGUUCCACACAAGGCUGUUCCACACAAGGCUGUUCCACACAAGGCUGUUCCACACAAGGCUGUUCCACACAAGGCUGUUCCACACAAGGCUGUUCCACACAAGGCUGUUCCACACAAGGCUGUUCCACACAAGGCUGUUCCACACAAGGCUGUUCCACACAAGGCUGUUCCACACAAGGCUGUUCCACACAAGGCUGUUCCACACAAGGCUGUUCCACACAAGGCUGUUCCACACAAGGCUGUUCCACACAAGGCUGUUCCACACAAGGCUGUUCCACACAAGGCUGUUCCACACAAGGCUGUUCCACACAAGGCUGUUCCACACAAGGCUGUUCCACACAAGGCUGUUCCACACAAGGCUGUUCCACACAAGGCUGUUCCACACAAGGCUGUUCCACACAAGGCUGUUCCACACAAGGCUGUUCCACACAAGGCUGUUCCACACAAGGCUGUUCCACACAAGGCUGUUCCACACAAGGCUGUUCCACACAAGGCUGUUCCACACAAGGCUGUUCCACACAAGGCUGUUCCACACAAGGCUGUUCCACACAAGGCUGUUCCACACAAGGCUGUUCCACACAAGGCUGUUCCUGGCUCGAGCAAACUAUGA